AGAUUUUGGCUCCGGCGCAAGCUCAAAGGGGGCCUCAAUUUCUUUAAUGAUGGCUAUGCAAUCCGCCACUCCCGAGCCAACGACGACGGACUGGGCGACGCUGGACUCGGAGAAGUCACCAUGCGAGACUUGCUCAACAGCCUCGACCUUCUCAAAAGCCUCGACUUCCUCAACAGCCUCGACUUGCUCAACAGCCUCUGGCAUGAUUGUGAUGGACAGCGAGUCAAACCUGAGCUCCGCCAAUGCCUCGAAGCGCUCUCAGAGACGACAACAGCAAGAUCAAGCGCUCCAAAGAUUUCUGAGCAAGCACAGCUUCGAGGGUUUGCACGUGCCCAGGCUCUCCGAGUCCCCGUCAGAGAUGGUCUAUCCGAUCCAUGUGGCAGCGCAGCAGGGUGACUGCAACCUGCUCCGGACAAUGCUGGCCUUAGGGGCAAGUUUGGACCAACAGACUUCCAGGGGUCGAACGGCCUACGACUUCGCCUUCGAGGCCAAUCGCGACGGCUCCCACCUGGACACCUUGGGACUGCUGCGGACCCGGGUGCAGGUCUUCAACACCAUGAAGGACUUCCUCCGGGCCAAGAUCAGCAAGUCCAAGGUGAGAAGGGUGGAAAGCGCAGCUGUGAGCUUGUAAGGUAGGGCAAUCCACGAUUGUUUGAAUGUGCGUGCGCAGCAGCGCGUGGUAAAUGUGUAUGUCCCCACCUAGUCAUUCUGACCCCAUUCCCAUUCUGACCCCAUUCCGAGCCUUUUGAGUAGAACAUUUGAGG